CGUUGUCAACUCCUGCUUUGAGAAUACCUACACGUUCAUGAGUCACGGCGUGGAGAGGAUUCAAGUCCACUAUGAGUAUGGCCACGCCUUUCGAAGCAUCCAUUCUAUUUUGACAUGACGGUGAGCUCAUUCCGAAUACGCGUCAGUUUAUCCGUACGCAGUAAUAUAUAUGAUAUGAUGACAAGCCCCCCUGUGAAGCUGUUGGAUAUUGUCAGCAUUGAUCAUUCCGUACGCAGUACACGAGGAUAUAAAGAAGACGAGCCUACCACCUACUACCUGUUCACUACUGAUAUCUUGCCGACUUUCCAUCGUGCUUAUCCUCUGCUAUCUCCUCUCCAAUCAACAGCUACAGCCACCAUCGCAAGUCUUUGGCAGCUGCAAAUCCAUCCCCGCAAACCUGGUCUCAUGCAGGCCGUCGUCCGAUCGACCCCUCUUUGUCCAUCAAACGCCCAGUCCUGAAUCAUCGACAUAGCGACUAGCUUUAUCACACCGUCUACAACUUCCGGGGGUCUUUUCCUCCUUUUCCAUCAUGAGCAAUCCUCGUCAAACAAUAUCCGGCGAGAUGCCUUCAUUCCUGGCCUCCACGGUUUCAGUGCCUUCAUAUACCGCUCGCUCUCGCUCACUGCCAGUCAACACACGAGAGGGAAGGAAAGGUUCGGCCCUCGCAAACGCUAUCGGACUCCGCAGGAAGAAUGAACUCGACAUCGUCCUGGACGGAUACGCCGAGUUCGUUCAUUCCUACUCUACAUACGACGAGAUCAAAGGCCAUGUGAACGUCAAGUUCGAAAAGGACACUUCUUUCGACGAACUCGCCGUCACUUUUGAGGGCCAAAGUUGUACGUACGUCGAGAAGAUCGCGACAACAGCGCCUACGACCGGUCGCACGACAGGAAAACAUACUUUUCUGAAGGUGCAGCAACCAAUUGCAGAACAUCUACUUCCCCCAGACAACAUGUUUGAAGCCAAUGUAACUUACAGCAUCCCAUUCACAUUCGUCGUUCCCGACCGGCUACUCCCAUUCAUCUGCUCGCACAAAGUCGACAACGACGACAUCAGGAAAGAACAUGUCCAAUUGCCUCCUAGUCUAGGCGACCCUAGCAUUUCCGGCGACGGCCAUACACUCAUGGACGAUCUUGCUCCGGAAAUGUCAAGGAUUAGCUACAGCAUUCGUGCCCGGGUCACCAAAUGGAACGCCACCGGCAGACUGCUCGAACUGGCCGACAGAUCAGAACGCAUCCGAAUCGUGCCCGCUCGCGACGAAGUACCACCGCUGCCCAUCGAGAACGAUCAAUCCGACCACGUCAUGCGCAAGGAGAAGAGUGUCAAGAAAGGGCUCUUCAAAAUUGGCAAGACGGGCCGCCUCACCGCCGAAACAACUCAGCCCAAGAGCCUGCGCCUUCCUCAUCCGCGAAGGCGACAGAUCGAACCAGUCGCUUCGAUGGCCACUGUCAACCUGCGCUUCGACCCUCUGACCCCGGAGGAUGUUCCCCCUCCACUCGACUCGAUCACAAGUAAACUCAAAGUAUACACCUUCUUCGGCGCGGCGCCGUACAGAGUCCUCCCGGAGAUGCGCAAACACGACAAUUGGUCCACGUUGCACGGCGUGUAUCCGGAGAGUAUCCCGCUCUCCGCACGCAACCUGUCGACAGUGUCGUGGACACGCCACAACCCGUCCGAAAGGGAGAGCUUCUCAUCCUCAGACAUCUCCCGCCGCCCGUCGACAUAUUCUACGUCUUCGACAUCCUCGAUCCCCGAGCCAUCCUGCACCUACCAACCCGGCCUGCCAUUCUACACCGCAACCGUGCUCGUGCCGAUCGCUCUGCCGAGCACAUCUAGCACCAAUCGCCCCAAGGUCUUUGUGCCGACUUUCCACAGCUGCAUCAUAUCACGCACGUAUUCGGUCGAGCUUAAUGUCUCCUUCCGCUCGCCCGGUACAAAUGUCGCGAACAGCCACGUCGUUCUGAAAACGCCGAUACAAAUCUGUGCCGAAGGUGGCGUGCCGCCGGCGGGGCUUCACGAGUCCGACGCAACCAUUGCAGCGGAGAUUGAAGCACAGUUUGGUCUAUACGAGGCGCGGGCUGCGCAAGGCGAGCUCGGCGAAUUCGAAGUGGGCGGCGAAAGUCCCGUGUAUCAAGAGACCAGUCCGAUUGAACCCCUUCUCGGUGGCGGGACGAGACAUUUGAGUCUAGUCGAUCCGACGUCGACGAUGCUGCAUUCGGGGAUCGGCAUGGGGAGCGAUACAGGAGCACCGCCAGAGUAUCGGCCCGGAUAUAGCGCAGGGAAUAGGCCUGGUGGACCUAGGACCCAGAGCGGGAAGAAUUGAGAUCGACGACAAGUACACGAAAAGUCCCAAUCUGCAGAUCCAGCAAGUGCAGUGUGGCCGUGAAGCUUGAGAUGUGGAGAGACUGUGUGUGUCUGUGUGUCUGUGUGUGUGCAGAUGGAGACGAAAACAUUGCGUGAAAGAUUUCUGCACGGCAGAUCGAGAAAGAAAUCUCGACGAAGAGUUGCAGAGCGAGGAGAGCAAUUUUUCAUUAGUCCGGAUCUGGGUUUGAGAUUGAAUAUUACGGCUCAAGACUUACUUUUUGCCCUGGUGAGCACAGGAAUACUAUAUCCUCGGACAGCGACAUCGAGGCAGAGUCGUCACCACGCCCAUGUUCCCCUUGGCUGGGAUGGUUGUGCUCGCCUUGUGAGCAAGCCACUUGCCGGACCCGGCCUUCCACGUACACCAGCCGUACUCGUGGCUAUCUACUCGCCUACGACGUGGCUGAGCUUUGUCGAUUCACCAUCUCGACCACGAAUAUUGCGGAGGGAGGGAUGGAGACAUGCACUGCAAGGUUGAGAUUUUGCAACGUCCGAGCAUGGACAGCUGGACAGCUGCGACACAGGAGUAUCAAGGGCUUUGAGACGUUGCUGAAUUGAGAUAUGGGGAGAAGAAAUUUGGAAAGACACAAUCCAGUAUGAUGUUGAGGGAAUGUACUUUUCGAAAGCGGGCGUUUUCUGGGAUUUUGUGAGUUUUCUUCCGGGAGAUGGGAUGUGUUCUGAUCUGGGAAUGAGAUGGCACACGGAGUACGCUAUUUGACGAUACCCCAAUAUAGUAUGUUGCGUUAUGUUUGAUGAUUUGAUCAAACGUUUUUGACCCCGUGCAAGUUUUGAGGUCUUUUUCGAAUUUAUAACUUAAUGUAUGGAGUAUAGAUUUAAUACCAUUUGCUAGGGUUCCCU